UGCAGUCCAGUGCGGGUUUCUUGUCGGUACAGUCGGUCCACCCAUUAUGCAACCAAUAAUUUACUUCGCCAUUCUCGUCCCUUUCCUCGCUAUCGCCCUCGCCAGCCUCAUGCAGGACAUGCAGCCGUACAUCAUCAGCGAAGCCGAGCUCAUGCAUUGGCUCGAGACAACCGACGCCAACCUGACUUUCAUCGGGGAUCCUAUCCCCGGCAUAAAUGCCCCAGCAGGGCUGACGCCGCGCAAAGCCCAAGCUACUCGAGUCGUCUUCUGCAGCGUGCGCAACGGCAACUCGUGCGGCGGCGCAUGCUCGGUCUACACCGGAGACAAUGUCUGUCUGCUCGCGCCCGACACGAACUGUCUGAGCGCGACGGGCGAGGUGACGUUCUGUGCGCCAAACGGGUGCAGUUGCCCGUGCAACCUCUAUUCACACUGCGGGACGCGCAUGGACAACGGGUUCUGCUGGACACCGGGCACCAACGCAAUCUUUGUGGGCGCGCUCUUCUCAGGAUUAUAAGAGUAGAUUUCAUUGUAGGGCUAGCGUACUGCUGAAAUCACGCACGCAUCUCACAAC